ACCGGUAAAUACUAUGCUCUGAGUACGACAAUAUGCUAACGUUGAGAACUUGAGAAGAGUGUGUGUGUGUGUGUGUGUUAGUGUGUCCGCAAGAGGUCUCCCGCGUCGGUCAAGGUUGUUGUGUGUGGUGUCUCUGCUACUAUAUUAAGAUGCCGAGUAUCAAACUUCAGAGCAGUGAUGGUGACACAUUUGACGUGGAUGUGGAGAUCGCCAAACAAAGUGUCACCAUAAAAACCAUGUUAGAAGAUCUUGGCAUGGAUGAAGAUGAGGAGGAGGUGGUUCCUCUACCCAAUGUGAAUGCAGCUAUCUUGAAAAAGGUAAUCCAGUGGUGUACCUACCAUAAGGAUGAUCCACCUCUCCCUGAUGAUGAUGACAAUAAAGAGAAACGCACAGAUGAUAUCUCCUCUUGGGAUGCAGACUUCUUAAAGGUGGACCAGGGCACACUGUUUGAACUCAUCUUGGCUGCCAAUUACCUGGACAUCAAGGGACUUCUGGAUGUCACAUGCAAAACUGUGGCCAACAUGAUCAAAGGGAAGACUCCUGAUGAAAUCCGCAAGACAUUCAACAUUAAAAAUGACUUUACACCUUCAGAAGAGGAGCAAGUUCGCAAAGAAAAUGAGUGGUGUGAAGAAAAGUAAAUGAACCUGAUCAUAAUUUUGCAGUAAAUUAUUCUCAAUGUGUUAGGAGUGAAGUGUACUUGUUUAUGCAAUCACAAUGAGCAUAUUUAUAAAGUAAGUAAACCUGCUCUCAGUGUACUGUGAAUUCCUACAUAAAAGUUGAUGUAGAAUAAUAGGUAUCUCGCCCUUUUCACUUAUUUUAUUAUAAUUUUUUGCUUGUGAUGUAAGCCAUUGUGGCUCCAUGGGUUUGUAUUUUUUGUGAGCACUUUGGUUUUACAUGCCCAAAACAUGUCAACCAGUGUACUGAAAUAAGACAAAUUAUAUAGCUUCA